AUGAACAACUCUUUCGCUUACAAGGUUCUGGAUGUUUUGAUUUCGUUUACGCCAAAAAAUAAAAUCUAUUUUAUAGAGUAUAUUUCUUGCUCGCUUUCUAUGAAUUCAACAGGAUCAGAUGCUGGAGGAAUUUCCAUCUACUGGGGUCAAAAUGGAAAUGAAGGCACCUUGGCAGAAACUUGUGCCACAGGAAAUUAUGAAUAUGUGAAUAUUGCUUUUCUCUAUACUUUUGGCAAUGGACGAACUCCAAGGAUAGACCUUGCCGGUCAUUGUGAUGCAUAUAGUAAUGGGUGCACGGGUUUAAGCACUGACAUAAAGUCUUGUCAAGCCAAAGGCAUUAAAGUUAUGCUUUCAAUUGGAGGAGGUGCCGGGAGUUACUCACUUGCAUCCUCAGAGGAUGCUGAGCAAGUUGCCACUUACCUUUGGAACAACUUCUUGGGGGGACAUUCAUCUACACGUCCACUUGGUGAUGCUGCUUUGGAUGGCAUUGACUUUGAUAUAGGAAUGGGAACAAACCAACACUGGGAUGAACUUGCGAAGUAUCUUUCAGGGUAUAGCAACCAAGGCAAGAAGGUUUACUUAACUGCUGCUCCUCAGUGUCCUUUUCCUGAUGCAUGGCUUGGAAAGGCUCUCAAGACAGGUCUUUUUGACUAUGUUUGGGUUCAAUUUUACAACAACCCUCCUUGCCAAUAUUCUUCUGUGGAUAUUGCCCAUCGUGAAAAUGCAUGGAAGCAAUGGACUAGUGAUAUCCCAGCCACUAAAAUCUUCUUAGGAUUACCAGCAUCUCCACAGGCAGCUGGAAGUGGGUAUAUCUCUGUGAGUGAUUUGACAUCGAAAGUCCUUCCAGUUAUUAAGGGUACCACAAAGUAUGGAGGUGUCAUGUUGUGGUCCAAGUACUACGAUGAUCAAACUGAAUAUAGUUCUUCCAUCAAAAGCCACGUCUAG